GCGAGCCGGCUGGGCCUCGUCGGGCCCAUCGUCGAGCAGCCCGAGUACAACCUCUUCUCCCGCCACAAGGUUGAGUCUGAGUUUGUACCUCUCUACAGUACUUAUGGCAUUGGGUUGACUACAUGGAGCCCUCUAGCUUCAGGUGUUCUCACCGGGAAGUAUAGCAAAGGGAAUAUACCUGCUGAAAGUCGGUUUGCCCUAGAUAAUUACAAGAACCUGGCCAACAGGUCUUUGGUUGACGACACGCUUAGAAAAGUGAACGGGCUCAAACCCAUCGCUUCGGAGCUCGGCGUCUCGAUGGCCCAGCUGGGCAUCGCGUGGUGCGCGUCGAACCCCAACGUGUCGUCCGUGAUCACUGGAGCCACCAAAGAGAGCCAGAUCGUGGAGAACAUGAAGGCCCUGGAGGUCGUCCCGCUGCUGACCCCGGAGGUCCUGGAGAAGAUCGAGGCGGUCGUCCAGAGCAAGCCGAAGCGCCUCGAGUCAUACAGAUGAAGUAGCGGCGGUCGGUUUCGUCAGCUGUGCAGCGUGUGCGUGCCCCGCCCGCCGCCUGGUGGGAUAUUUUUCCUAGCCGGUUUAUUAUCUCCCUGUAUCUGGUUUUCUGAAACUAUAUACUAUAUACGGCUCUUCCUGCGUGGUGGGUGCGUCCAGCGUGUGAAACAUUUUGUCGGGUGGACCUGAUGAUGACACCAUUUGUCACA